UGCAACGUUCACCAAAAAGGGUCUACAACCAUUCACACCGCAACUCUUUUUCUCUUGACUCCUUCCCCUCACUUCCAUUUUCACCUUCUUUCCUUCAUUCUCUCUCUCUCUCAAAAAAAAAAAAAAAAACCUUUGGGAGCGAGGGUUUUUGUUUCAAAGCCCAUGGAGGGCUCGUCUUCUCAGCCCUUUGAUCAUGAUCAAACACCUUCUGGCGCUUCCAAGUUCCUCUGCAACCUUCCCUCUCGUGGCCACCUCUCUUCAACCGUCAUUUCCUCCAAUCUGGGGGGAAUGCGAAUUUACAUUUGUGAGCACAACACAACUCCGCCAGAGAGCCAGCUCAUAAAGACAAAUCAACAAAACAUACUUAUUAGAUCGCUCAUGCUCAAUAACAAGAAGGGUGAUUCCAGUUCAAAGGAUGUGAAAGUUUUAGCUGAGGGUCCUAGAAAGAGGGCUGCUGAAAGAGUCAUGGAUAGUAGGGCUUCAGCAAAGAAAGCCAAUACACAAAGUGGUUCUCGACCGGAGGGAUCAAGCAGUCGUGCGACUGAGAAGGAUUACCAUAGUUUGACUGUAGAGAGGCUUCGUGCCCUUCUCAAGGAAAAAGGACUUUCACCCAAAGGAAAGAAGGAUGAGCUGAUUGCUCGCUUGAAAUGUGUAAAUGGUGGACCUCAGAAAUCGGAUUGACGCAGCCAGAGAUAAGAGAAGUAGUCUGCGGUCAUGUUUUCUUUGGUGUAUCUUAAGACGGUGGCCCCGGAAGGAAGAGUUGACUUAGAAUAGUGCUUUUUGAAAACAAUUAGAAUGAACCAGAGACGGAUCGAUGGAGGAAUAGGGCAGGGAGCUGCCUCCGCUGAAAUCUAAAAACUUCUUUUCCUUUUUUUUUUUGUAAUAUUCUGUAAUUACUAUAAGUUUAAGAACUGGUUUAGUUUUGCUUUUAUUGAGAUUUAAUUAGCAUCCUACUUUAAA